GGCUGCAACCCUCACCGAUGAAAACUGGAGACUUGACACCAUUGAGGACUGGAGACAUGAUCGUGACGCAUUUUACCCGUUUCCGUUCAUACAAACCUGCCUUGUUACAGGCUAUUUUUAUGCCCAGCAAGCAGCAUUCCCCGACCUGAACUUCCUGCUGGACUCACGGUGCUUGAUAUAACCAAUCUCUCGGCAACACGGUAUUGUUUCGUCUUUCCUGGCAACCAUCACGAGAGCAUGGCAACUAUUGCCGUGGAUGAAUCUUUGUCCGAAGACAGAUUGGACAACGGUGCCGAGGGAGUUCCUGCACAUGAGGCACACUUUCAAUCACCGGAACACCUGUACUCAUACGGGCGUUCUCCUAUGAUUAACAUGAUGCCGUUGUCGGCUGUUCAGUACUAUUGUAUUGCUCGCGGCAUUUUCCAGAAUGAGCAAUGGGAUAAGGCCGCCAAUUCUGCAUUUAAAUUGAACGGACGCCACGUCAUCGACGCUGCCACCCUCAAAGCUACAUGGGGAGGUGCUUGGAAACGGAAUAAGAUGCAAGAGAAUGGGAACAGUCGAAAUGUUGGUGUGGUCCGGAAUCGCUUAGGCACCAUUCGAGGGGCGGCUUUGGAGAUUGUCAUUCGAGUAGCAUUCUCGACUUCUUUAGACAAUCUGCCGGUUCUACUCGAUUCUGCUAGGAAACUUCCCGACUUUUGGCCUACCUUGAAAGCUAGGAUCUACUCGUUGCCUCAUCUUAUUGUGGACUCGGCAACAGCUGGACAACUUUUGCGGACGGUUCUUAAAGACGAACGCACCAUCGACCUCAGCCCGUUCCCCCUCAGCGAAGAACAAGUGUCUCAAAUACUUUGCCACGACUCAAUGAACGAAAGCUCAUUAAUCAUUCUAAGCUUGUCUGGGAAUCAAAAUAUCCGUGAAACCCUUCUCAGCGAAAUCCUCGAUCGGCACAAAGCGCUCGAAGAGCUCCAUCUGCUCAACACUCCUCAGAUUCCGCUUCAGACAAAACUCGAAUUGAUGAGUAGAGUUGAAGGGAUCAUGUUGAUGGAUUCGGAACUCUUGGCUAGAGCUUUCUUGUGCACUGAAGUCGUCGAGCCGUCGAUGGCAAUGGACCUCAAGUCGCAGCCGACUUCAUUUCACUAUGUCCAGCCUGUCGUGAGCCAGAUCACGUUUCUGGUCUGUAAUCAAAUGACUGAGAGGCUGCAACGCUUACCAGACGGUGGUCUUGAUGUUUCAAAGAGUAACGUCGACGACCCUUCCGGCCGGCGACGUCAAUUUACCACAACACUCUCUCUCGAGGCCAUAAACAGUGACAAAUUGCGAACUCUGCAUGGCCUUGCUAAAUAUAUCGCCUGGACUUCUACUUUCGGCGCAUGGGUUGAUUUUGGGUCUGAUACACAUUAUCGGGGACGACAACUAGCCCUCAUAUUCUCAACCUCAACCUGCACAAAGAAUCGAGAAUACGAGGCUACAACGAUUUCGUCUGACCUCUACCGAUUCAAGUCCCUAUGACAUAACCCUUUGAGGAUCGAGUUACUACCAGGCAAGAAGCGAUGUAAGCCCAAAGGUAUUAAACAUGGUGAAUGGACGUUC